GGGAGAGAAAAAUGGCAGUGCCCACGUUGCUGCCUGGAGUGGGCAGGCUCUUUGAGAUGCCCGCAGCACUUAUGCGCAUGAGCCGAGCUUACAGCAAGCCCCAGACCUUCACGGAGGUUCUACAGCUGCCAAAACAGCAACUGACGAAGUUUGUGUUUCCAUUGCAGGAACUCCAGCGGCAUCUCAUCUCCGAAUCGACGUCCGACCUUCACCUGAAGACCUUCGACCCCAGCCUGGAGGAUAUCGCGAGGGCGGAGAGCAUCUUUACGGCCACUGCCGGGAACCGCAUCGAGUAUCUCAGUUCCGCUGUGCGUCUCGACCACGCCCCGGACCUUCCCCGCCCUGAGGUGUGUUUUAUAGGCAGAAGCAAUGUUGGAAAAUCCUCUCUAAUAAAGGCUUUAUUUUCACUGGCUCCAGAGGUUGAAGUCAGAGUCUCCAAAAAACCGGGGCACACAAAGAAAAUGAAUUUUUUUAAAGUUGGAAAAUAUUUCACAUUGGUGGACAUGCCAGGUUAUGGCUAUAGAGCACCUGAAGAUUUUGUUGAUAUGGUAGAGACCUAUCUAAAAGAACGAAAGAAUUUGAUGAGAACAUUUUUGUUAGUGGAUAGUGUUGUCGGAAUUCAAAAAGCAGACAGUAUUGCCAUAGAAAUGUGUGAAGAGCUUGCAUUACCUUAUGUGAUGGUAUUAACAAAAAUUGACAAAUCUUCAGUGGGACAUCUUUUAAAACAAGUGCUUCAGGUCCAGAAAUUUGUUAACACUAAAACACAAGGAUGUUUUCCUCAGUUGUUUCCUGUAAGUGCUGUGACCUGUUCUGGAAUUCAUCUGUUGAGAUGCUUUAUAGCAAGUAUAACAGGAAAUCUUAAGACUUAGCUGAAGACUCAAAAUUUUUUAUGCCAGCUGGACCUAAACACCUAGAAUUUCAACAUUGUUUUAAAUGUUGCAUGACUAUAAUCUGCAGAGGAUAAGUUCAGCUUUAAACCUACCUCUUCCCAAAGCAAGAAUGAUUUUUUCGCCUGACUGGGGGGCAGGUUUAUAAAUUAUUGAAUUAUGCUAUUCAUUAGAACAGAUGCUAGCAGUUUUCCCUGUUUUAACAAGCUGACAAACAAGAGUGGCAUACAGAAGUCCAUAAGGUGAAAACCUGUUCACUACUGUGUAGAGAAGAGUUUGCCAUGUUGUUUAUUGGGCUCUGUCUUUUAAAAAAAUGUCUAUUAUGUAUAUUUUUAAAUAUUAAAAUAGAAGAGGGGAAAAAGGAGUAACGUUUCUGUUAAGGACUGAUAGGUGGGUUGAAGAUAAAUGUUCCUCAGCUUCUAAGAAUCUAAGACUUACGGUCCAGUCUUGAUUCUUCUUUUACUUCCACAUGACCCCGCUGAGCUAGUGAGUUUCCCUGUAUAGUAUAUGUAUGCCUAUACUGUAUCUUUUUUCUGAGUCCUUAUUUGAUUUUUUUUUUUAUUAUUCUUAAUAAAACUAGUCAGUGCAUGCUGGAAAUACCAGUAAAUUCAGUCUAGGAUCAGUCACCUUCAGCCAAAUAUGGGAUUCAGAAUCAGAAGACCAGAAUUUAAGUUCCAGUUUUAUUAUUUUUUUUAUAUGUUGGACCCUUAUUUCUUGAGUUUCAUUUGUAACUCUAACCUCACAAGCUAUGAGAUUAGAGUGGUAUAUGCAAAAAGGACAUCUGCAUUUUCUGCAUACUUAUAAAGGGAAACCAACUCAAUAUAGCAAAAUGCACAGGUAGAUUUAUCACAAAAAAUAUCAUGUCAUGAAGGAAGUAACAUUUUCUUUAAUGAAAGAAA